AUGAUAGCAAAAAUCUUAGCCGUAUCCGCUUUUGUAGCCUGCGCACAGGCAGGAGUCUUCGAGCUCGGUGGACAUGGGGCAUCCUCCUACACCUCCAUCAACCAUGCGCCCACAGUCAUCAAAGCACCGGUGGCGUAUGCCGCCCCUGUCGCGACCUACCACCAAGUACCAACUGUUGUCAAAGCUUUAGCUCCGGUCGUCAAAGAAAUCUACCCCGAUGCCUACCCCAAGUACACAUUUGAGUACGGUAUCCAAGACGGACACACCGGUGAUGUAAAGAACCAGCAGGAAGAGCGCGACGGUGAUGUAGUCAAAGGUUACUACACCAUUGUGCAACCAGACGGUGUCACCCGCGUUGUCCACUACACCGCUGAUGACCAUAACGGAUUCAACGCACAAGUUGAAUACCAAGGUCAGCCCGUUCAGAAAGCUGUUAUCACCAAAGCCAUUAUCCCAACCAAAACUAUCAUUUUGGCAGUUUUCGCUUUCAUAGCUUGCGUUCAAGCUGGAUAUUAUGGUGGAGGACAUCAAGCAUCUUCUUACUCAUCCAUUAAUCAUGGACCGACAGUCGUGAAGACCAUUGCUCCAGUCGCUCACUAUGCUCCAGUAGUUAAAGCUAUUCACCAAGAAGUGUACCCAGAUGCCUAUCCUCAAUAUUCGUUCCAAUACGCCGUCCAAGAUGCUCACACUGGAGACUCAAAGAACCAGCACGAAGAACGUGACGGAGAUGUUGUCAAGGGAUACUACACCUUAGUACAACCUGAUGGUGUCACCCGUAUCGUUCAUUACACCGCUGAUGCACACAAUGGUUUCAAUGCUGAGGUUGAAUACAAGGGACAACCAGUCGUCCAAAAAACCUUCGUUGCCAAAGCCAUCAUUCCCAGUUACAACGCUUACCAUCAUUAA